UUGUCUCUCCGACCCUUCUCUCUGCAGUAAGCAUGUUCGCCAGGGUAUCUGCGAACCGCUCACGACCCAACGCACGUUACCGGUGAGAAACCCCCCACGGAAGAGUCAAGGAUAAUCGAUUUGGAUGUGGCGCGCACUUGAGAGUUUGAAUACGGUGGUAAGCCCGAGUGACCGGAGCACCGGCAGUGAAGGAGGAAUACUAUAUUCGGGGUGGCGCUCUCUACUUAACGUGGACAAUCAUGCAUAUGCUGUUUUGGGGACUAGGGUUUUUGCUAUUUCUCCCUGACUUUUUGAAUAUAGUGUCAUCUACGGAGAGAUCGCUAUUGAGUUCAAGAAAAGCUGAAAUUUCCGAGCAGCUUGGCGCAUAUGAGAUUGUAACUCCGGAGCGAGUGAAUGAAGCCGGUGACAACUUUCCCACGAGCGUGCACUUCAAAAGGAAAAAGCGUAGUGUGGAGGAUAGCCCAGGCAACUCCUCUGACCAAUGGGCCUUGCCAUCAAUCCAUUACAAAAUAUCUGCGUUUGGACAGAACUAUCACCUCAACCUGACACCCGAGUCAGGAUUUAUCGCUCCGCUAUACACUGUGACAGUACUUGGAGCACCUAUAGUUAACAUAACGGAUUUCACCCCGGAGGAGGAGACAGAGGAGGAUACGGAGUAUCAGCACUGCUUCUAUAAAGGACAUGUGAAUGCUCAAACGGAGAACACCGCAGUCAUCAGUCUCUGCUCUGGAUUGCUUGGCACUUUCAGGUCACCGGAAGGGGAAUAUUUUGUGGAGCCCCUUCACAGUUACAAUGGAGAACUCUAUGAAGAAGAACACACCAAACCUCAUAUUGUGUACAGAAAGAAAGCCUCUGUGAAUGAGGCAGCCGUGGAGGACACUGCUUGUGACACAUCAGGACAUAAACACAGACACAAGAGGAACAGCGACAAGGUGAAGAGACGUCCGCUGUCCAGCAGUAGCAGUAGCAUGCUGGACGACCUGGACGACCUGGACGGCCUGUCUGCAGGCCUGACUGCCGAUCCCUUCUCCAGAACAGAGAGAGAGAGCGGCAGACGGCCGGCUAAUGACAGCAGCGGCGACUCAGGACCUCACAGGAGAUCAAAGCGCUUCCUCUCCUAUCCCCGCUUUGUAGAAGUCAUGGUGGUGGCAGACAGCAAGAUGGUGGAACAUCACGGGAGCAACCUUCAGCACUACAUACUCACAUUAAUGUCUAUCGUGUCUUCCAUCUACAAGGAUCCCAGCAUCGGAAAUCUGAUUAACGUUGUGAUUGUGAAGUUAGUCAUAAUCAACAAUGAGCAGGAUGGCCCAACCAUUUCCUUCAAUGCACAGACCACUUUAAAGAACUUCUGUAUCUGGCAACAGAGGCAAAAUCACCAAGAUGAGAAUCAUCACUCCCACCACGACACAGCCAUUCUCAUCACCAGGCAAGACAUCUGCCGAGCGCGGGACAAGUGUGACACAUUAGGGCUUGCAGAGCUCGGCACCGUGUGUGAUCCAUACAGAAGCUGCAGUAUUAGUGAGGACAAUGGGCUUAGCACUGCGUUCACUAUCGCCCAUGAACUGGGCCAUGUAUUCAACAUGCCCCAUGAUGACAGCAACAAGUGCAAAGAGGAGGGGGUUAAAAUACAGCAGCAUGUGAUGGCGCCCACACUCAACUACUACACUAACCCCUGGAUGUGGUCCAAGUGUAGCAGGAAAUACAUCACAGAGUUCCUUGACACAGGGUAUGGAGAGUGCUUACUCGAUGAGCCCAUUUCUAGGCCAUACAGUCUGUCGCAGCAGCUGCCUGGACGGAUAUACAAUGUCAAUAAACAAUGUGAAUUGAUAUUUGGGCCGGGGACACAGGUGUGCCCAUAUAUGGUCCAGUGCCGCAGACUGUGGUGCACCAGCCCAGAGGGGGCCCAGAGGGGCUGCAGGACCCAACACAUGCCUUGGGCUGACGGGACCGAGUGCUCUCCAGGAAAGCACUGUAAACAUGGCCAGUGCAUUCCCAAGGAGCACGACGCCACCCCCGUGGACGGGGCGUGGGGAGGCUGGUCUCCGUUUGGCUCUUGCUCGCGGACGUGUGGCGGGGGCAUCAAGAUUGCCGUGCGCGAGUGCAACCAACCUGUGCCCAAGAACGGGGGGAAGUACUGUGUGGGGCGCAGGAUGAAGUUCCGCUCGUGUAACUCAGAGCCCUGCUCCAAGCAGAAGAAAGACUUCAGAGAGGAGCAGUGUGCUGCCUUUGAUGGCCGGCACUUCAACAUCAACGGUCUACCUCCUAACGUGCGCUGGGUACCCAAGUACAGCGGAAUUCAGAUGAAGGAUCGCUGUAAGCUGUUCUGCAGGGUGGCUGGCAGCACGGCCUACUACCAGCUCAGGGACCGGGUCAUCGACGGCACGCCAUGUGGCCCCGACACCAACGACAUCUGUGUGCAGGGCCUGUGCAGGCAAGCGGGAUGUGACCAUGUGUUGAAUUCCAAGGCGAGGAGAGAUAAGUGUGGUGUGUGUGGCGGUGACAACUCCUCGUGCAAGACCGUGGCAGGCACCUUCAACAUGGUGCGCUACGGAUACAACGAAGUAGUGAGAAUACCCAGUGGUGCUACAAAUAUUGAUGUGCGUCAACACAGCUACUCAGGGAAACCAGAGGACGAUAACUACCUCGCUGUUUCAAACAGUCGUGGGGACUUCCUGCUCAAUGGCGAGUUUGUAGUCAGCAUGUUUAAAAGGGAAAUCAAAGUGGGCAAUGCCGUCAUCGAGUACAGCGGAUCCGACCACGUCAUCGAGAGAAUCAACUGCACUGACCGCAUCGAGGAGGAGAUCAUUGUCCAGGUGCUUUCUGUAGGUAACUUGUACAACCCAGACGUCAGGUACUCCUAUAACAUCCCCAUCGAGGAUAAACCCCAGCAGUUUGUCUGGGAUGCCUACGGGCCCUGGCAGGACUGCAGUAGGCCCUGCCAAGGAGAGCGUAAGAGGAAGAUCCUGUGUAGUAGAGAGUCGGACCGUGUGGUGGUCUCAGACCAGAGGUGCCAUGGGGCCGCCAGACCAGCCAUGCUCACCGAACCCUGCAACGCAGAGUGUGAAAUCAGGUGGCAUGUGGCGAGGAAGAGCGAGUGCACAGUCCCAUGUGGGGUGGGAUAUCGUACGCUGGAGAUCUACUGCGCCAAACUCAGCCGUGCCGAUGGAAAGACCCAGAAGGUGGACGAGCGUUACUGCAGCAGUCAACGCAAACCUGACGACAAAGAGAGUUGCCAUGGAGACUGUAACCCAGGAGGAUGGGAGUACUCAUCUUGGUCAGAGUGCUCCAAAAGCUGUGGAGGAGGGUCCCGGCGUCGUGCGGCUGUGUGUGGAAAGUCUUCUGAGGCGGGAAGUGAUGAGAGCAAGUGCAGCCAGAGAGACAAGCUGACCACCGUCCAGAACUGCAAUGAGUUCCUAUGUCCUGCGUGGAAGACCGGAGACUGGUCUGAGUGCCUGGUGACGUGUGGGAAAGGGUACAAGCAUCGGCAGACAUGGUGCCAGUUUGCGGAGGACCGACUGGACGACCGCUUUUGUGACUCGAUGUCCAAGCCUGAGUCAGUCCAGACGUGUCAGCAGCAGGAUUGUGCUUCGUGGCAGGUCGGACCAUGGGGACAGUGCACUACCUUGUGUGGACCCGGCUACCAGAUGCGAGCUGUGAAGUGCGUUGUGGGGUCGUACGGGUCCGUCAUGGACGACACUGAAUGUAACGCUGCCACGCGGCCCACUGACACUCAGGACUGUGAACUGACCCAGUGUCCCAUCAGUCACCCGGUACCGCCGGGAACCAAAGUGCCCUCCCACCUCCCACACAAAACCCAGUGGAGGUUCGGCUCCUGGACACAGUGUAGCGCCACUUGCGGCAAAGGGACUCGGAUGCGCUAUGUCAGUUGCCGUGACAACCAGGGUGGGGUUGCGGAGGAUUCUGCCUGCUCCCACCUGGCCAAGCCCCCGGCCAGGGAGGUGUGCUCUGUAGUGGCCUGCGGACAGUGGAAGGUCCUUGAAUGGACAUCUUGUUCUGUAUCCUGCGGGCAGGGGAAGACCACGCGCCAGGUGGUGUGUGUGAACUUCAGUGAUCAGAUAGUGGACGUAGUGGAGUGUGACGCUGAUGACCGUCCGGCCACAGAGCAGGAGUGUGCCAUGUCCCAGUGCCCUGCUGCCCGCUCCAGUGACUCUCGGCCCCUCCCUUCACCCAGCGGGGGCCCCCGCAAUAACCUGCCCACGACUGCUGAUGGGCGCGGUGGAGGGCGAGCCCAGGCCCACCAGUGGAGAACAGGACCCUGGGGAGCGUGCUCGAGCACGUGUGCGGGCGGCUUCCAGAGGCGUGUGGUGGUGUGCCAGGAUGAGAAUGGUUAUGCUGUCAACAACUGUGAGGAGCACUCCAAACCCAUCGAGCAGCGCUCCUGUGAGUCCGGACCCUGUCCACAGUGGGUCUAUGGGAACUGGGGAGAGUGUACCAAGCCGUGUGGGGGAGGAAUAAAGACGCGGCUCGUGGCUUGUCAAAGGCCCAACGGAGAGCGCUUUAACGAUCUGAGCUGUGAGAUUCUUGACAAACCGCCCGACCGUGAGCAGUGCAAUACUCAGUCGUGCCCGUCUAACCCCCACUGGAGCACAGACCCAUGGAGCUCGUGUUCUUCCGCCUGUGGUAAAGGAUCGAAGAACCGUAAGGUGAGCUGUGUGACCCGAUCCGGUCGACCUGUUCCAGAGGAUAACUGUAAACACCUGACCCAACCCAGCAAGGAGAGGAGCUGCCGGGGGCGCCGCUGCCCCAAAUGGAAGGCAGGGAGCUGGGGAGAGUGCUCAGCGUCAUGUGGCAAUGGAAUACAAGAGCGGGAAGUUUUCUGUGAGGUUGGAAACCGGCGCAGCCCGGAGGAAACUGAAUGCCCCCCAUCCUCACGUCCGGCAUCCAGCCAGACCUGCCGGGUCACUGACUGCCCGUCUCCGUACCGGUGGAGCAAGGGAGAGUGGCAAUCGUGUAGUAAGUCGUGUGGGUCGGGCCACCGGCGUCGAGCGGUGCUGUGUAUGGACCAGACAGGGGAGGAGGUCCAUGAGAUGUUCUGUGUGGAUCAGAGAAGGCCAGAUGACUCUGAGAGCUGUAAUACCCACGUCUGUGAGUUCAUCUGGAUCACAGGGGACUGGACAGAGUGCUCGGCCAGCUGUGGACAGGGAUACCACAGACGCCUAGUCUCCUGCAGUGAGGUGCAUGCUGGGAAUGAUAACUAUGAGUAUGGGCAUCAGUCCUUGUCCAACUGCCCUGGGACCCCCCCUGAGAGCUACAUGCCGUGUAGCCAAAGCCCCUGUCCUCCAACACACGAGUGGAGAGUUGGAGUCUGGGGACCUUGUUCAGUAAGCUGUGGAGGUGGGGUGAUGGAGAGGACAGUGCAGUGUGUGUCUACUGAGAGACAAGGAAGUGACAGUUGUCCCUCAGACACUAAACCAGAAGCCAGCAAAGUCUGCAGCAGCUCUGCCUGCCAUCUGCCCACGAGCUGCAGUGACGUCCAGAGUCUGUCUGGCGUCCAGCCUGAUGGUGAACAGUUUCUCAACGUACAAGGAAAAGCACUCAAAGUCUACUGUGCAGGAAUGCAGACUGACAGACCGCAGGAGUACCUCACCUUGACGACCGGAGAGGGAGAGAACUACUCUGAAGUCUUUGGCUUCAGACUGAUAGACGCCACACAGUGCCCUGCCAACGGGACCAGGAGAGAGGACUGUGAGUGUAGGAGAGACUACACCGCUGCUGGCCUCUCCACCUUCACCAGAGUACGACUGGACCUCAGCAAGAUGCACAUCAUCACCAUAGACUGGCAGUUUGCUUUCACACGCGAUGGCCACAGAGUUCCCUUUGCCACAGCUGGAGACUGCUACAGCGCUGCCCGGUGUCCACAGGGUCGAUUCAGCAUCAACCUCUCAGGGACAGGCUUCCAGCUAGCUGAGGAAACCAAGUGGAUCUCCCAAGGAAACUAUGCAGUUGCUGAUAUACACAAAUCCCAGGAUGGCAGCAGAGUAACAGGAAUGUGUGGGGGUUACUGUGGGAAAUGCACUCCGUCCUCCGGCUCUUACCUGCUCAUCACAGUGGCCUAAAUCUACAGUGUUUAACCAGCUCUCUUCAAGCCAAGAUGUCCAACCUCUCAGUGGUGCUACAGUAAUGAGGAUUCCAUCCUCCAAACGACCUCUAUUCCCUCCAAUGUGUAAAUAUGUCAAUAGAACAGGUGUAAGUACUGUACAUAACAUGGUAAAUGACUUAUUUAUUAUACUAUAUACUCAACAUUUAUUUUUGUAUUGUAAGAUAAUUUAAGGAUUGUGUUUUCUUUCUUGCAACAAACACCAUGGACAUCUAUUCGCAUUGCAUUAACUAGAACAUAAAAAUGUGCCUUAGAAAUAUUUAACAUAUUCAGUCCAGAGUAUUUGCUUGUGUUUCUUGCGUUGUUGUUUCUCUCAUAUUGUGGCAGUGUUGCAGCCUGGCUCUUCUAUGUCUUAAGAUGCAGAAGGAGACUCUCAGUUUUGCUUCACGUUUGUGUGUACGGACGUGGGCACUUUGUAUGUACUUCCUAUUUUACACUCGUAGCUCUGUUACGGUCUCGGCAUCCUUCAGCCCGUUUUUUUAUGCCGUGUGGUGUCACUAUCCAACCUUGUUCAGUGCCUGAGUGUUUAUCAACCAGUGUAGUAAGUGCUACUGUAUAUUCCUACCUGGGUCUUAGAGUGUGAAGGCUGUUUCGGCUGGUCUAAUUACCUGGUCUACACAGUCGCCAGAGGUGAUCAGUGGGCUGGUACAUUCGGCACAGAGACGGUUUAGUGAACCGUAGCGCAGCGUGCUGUAAAGGUCGAUCUGGGACAGCCAGGGGGAAUGCUGGUGCUGUCGAGGCUAGCACAAGCAGCUGCUGCAGAGGCAGACCCAGCCAGGUGUUACUACCACAGAGGAGUUCAAGAAUUCAGGAGCAGGGAAAUUUUGAGAGAGAGAGAGAGAGAGAGAACGAGAGAGAGAACGAGAGAGAGAGAACGAGAGAGAGAGAGAGAGACCUGAAAGUUGUGAUGCAGAACCUUAACAUUUCAUAGUUACCCGUGGAAGUGCAAGGUGUCACCCGCCCAGAGGGAGUGUGUCAGGGGAAUAGACAGUGGAGUGUCCCUGGGGGCUUUAAGGUCAGAGCAGAGACACAGCUAGAGGAGGAAAGGCUUGCAGGCUGAUAGAUCCAGAGAGAUGUGCUUCAAAGCAUCAGAAAGACUCACCUUGUGUUUGUUCUGGGUCUCUCAGGUGUUGUGACAGGGAAUAGCCGUUAUUCCUUAGUUUUGAGAAAGAGGCCGUAUUCCCAUGGCUAUAGCUACAUGAAUCAAGCAGAGUUUACCUCAGGCCUAUAACAACACCAGUGCUCCAUAGAGAUUGGUUGAUGUCUUAGAGGUCUAGGUGUCCAAAUGCUGCCUGUAAGAACUGCUUACUGUCCUUCCACUCAACAACUUAGCUUUUUAUCUCAGCCUUUAUCUUAUUGCCUUUCAACAGUCAGUCCAUUUUUUUGCUGUCUGAUGUAAGUGUUUUGACAAUAUCAGGGUACUUUCUGUUUGAAUGUGUGUUUUCUUUAUCUUAUAUACUGUUUGCAACCAAUGCCCUUCAUUAGAUUUUUUUUUAUAAGACUUUUAUAGAAAGUGAAUGACAAAUAAUAAUAACUAGAAUAAUUUGUAUGAUUCUUUUGACAUGAUAAGAUACUUAUCCCAAAAUGAAUAAUGUAAGUGACUGUGCUGUUAUAAGGAAGUUUAGUAUGUCACCUUACUGUACACAUGUGAGUUUAUUCUCGUGUGUAUUUAUUUGUUUGACAGGGUUUGGCGGGGUGGAUGGGCCUUGGUACCUCAGAUAGAUUCAGAGGACAAAGCCAUAUUUGCUACAUUUGCCUUUUUUUUAAAAUAAAUGAUGCCUUGAGAAUAUCAGCAGGACAUUUUCAUGACGGUGCAACUCUUACUUUGUCAUGGUUCCAUCCAACCUUUCGCUAAAAGGGAAUUCCACACCGUUGUAACCGAUAGCCAUUCUGAAUUUAUUUUUGGAAUCAUAUUAGUUUAGAUUUAAUGAAGUAAAAAAUGUUAACUGUUAAUUAACGUUAAAUGUUUUAUUGUCCAAAUAAUAUCCUCCAGUGAAAAGGGAUUGAAACAUUAGUCUGAUUGUGAAUAUCUGAUGGUCCAGAUUGUAUAUGUAUUCUCAGGUGUUAAAAUAAAGGGAUUAUUUGAACAUUAUUAUAUGUCUUAUAUUUAUGUAACAAUUUAUAAACUCAGCAAAAAAAAGAAACGUCCUCUCACUGUCAACAGCAUUUAUUUUCAGGCAAUUUAACACGUGUAGAUAUUUGUCUGAACAUAAGAUUCAACAGCUGAGACUGAACAAGUUCCAAAGACAUAUGACUAACAGAAAUGAAAUGUGUCCUUGAACAAAGGGUGGUCAAAAUCAAAAGUAACAAUCAGUAUCUGGUGUGGCCACCAGCUGCAUUAAGUACUGCAGUGCAUCUCCUCCUCAUGGACUGCACCAGAUUUGUCCGUUCCUGCUGUGAGAUGUUACCCCACUCUUCCACCAAGGCACCUGCAAGUUCCGGGACAUUUCUGGGGGGAAUUGCCCUAGCCCUCACCCUCCGAUCCAACAGGUCCCAGACGUGCUCAAUGGGAUUGAGAUCCGGGCUCCUCGCUGGCCAUGUCAGAACACUGACAUUCCUGUUUUGCAGGAAAUCACACACAGAAUGAGCAGUAUGGCUGGUGGCAUUGUCAUGCUGGAAGGUCAUGUCAGGAUGAGCCUGCAGGAAGGGUACCACAUGAGGGAGGAGGAUGUCUUCCCUGUAACUCACAGCGUUGAGAUUGCCUGCAAUGACAACAAGCUCAGUCCGAUGAUGCUGUGACAAACCACCCCAGACCAUGACGGACCCUCCACCUCUAAAUUGAUUCCAAGUACAGGCCUCGGUGUAACACUCAUUCUGUCAACGAUAAACACAGAUCUGACCAUCACCCCUGGUGAGACAAAACCGCGACUCGUCAGUGAACAGCACUUUUUGCCAGUCCUGUCUGGUCCGGCGAUGGUGGUUUUGUGCCCAUAGGCAACGUUGUUGCCGGUGGUGUCUGGUGAUGACCUGCCUUACAACAGGCCUACAAGCCCUCAGUCCAGCCUCUCUCAGCCUAUUGCGGACAGUCUGAGCACUGAUGGAGGGAUUGUGCAUUCCUGGUGUAACUCGGGCAGUUGUUGCCAUCCUGAACCUGUGCCGUAGGUGUGAUGCUCGGAUGUACCAAUCCUGUGCAGGUGUUGUUACACGUGUUCUGCCACUGCGAGGACGAUCAGCUGUCCGUCCUGUCUCCUUGUAGUGCUGUCUUAGGCGUCUCACAAUAUGGACAUUGCAAUUUGUUGCCCUGGCCACAUCUGCAGUCCUCAUGCCUCCUUGCAGCAUGCCUAAGGCACAUUCAUGCAGAUGAGCGGGGACCAUGGGCAUCUUUCUUUUGGUGUGUGACCUUAAUUGACUACCGUCUGUAAGCUGUUAGUGUCUUAACGACCGUUCCACAGGUGCAUGUUCAUUAAUUGUUUAUGGUUUGUUGAACAAGCAUGGGAAACAGUGUUUAAACUCUUUACACUGAAGAUCUGUGAAAUUAUUUGUAUUUUUACGAAUAAUCUUUGAAGGACAGGGUCCUGCGAAGGGAUGUUUCUUUUUUUGCUGAGUUUAUGUAUACUGUAUCUUAUUCCACAUUUCCCUCAUUGUUGACCUUUUGAUAAAUCUAUGUAUUUUUCCAUUUUUUUCUACUUUUAAAUGAUCUCAACAAGUAUUAUAAUAAGAAAUCAUACAUGCUUUUGUUCAAUAUGCAAGUACUUAUUGUACCUUUGAAUCAUAAAUGAUUAUGAAUUAUAAUGCAAUUGUGACCUAAAUAAAACAUACCUCUUUAUUACAAAUCAUACCACUUUAUAUGCUCCAGGCAAGCCAUUUCUCCCAGCAAAUGUUCAUAUUUAUAUGUCAUGUCUGCGUAAUAUGUCACGUAGUUUAAUUCUACGACAUGAAAUGUAUGAUUAAUGUAUGAGAUGAGAUAAGGGAAGGAUCAGAGGAAAUAAAGUCACUGACACAGCUCAUCCAUUCCUAUGAGCACAUAUUAUGCUAAUGCAUCGUUUUCCUACACAAACCUGACCUUGAUGUAACAAGCUAUGAUCCCUAUUAUGCUCCAAUCAAUGAAAGGAUAUGCCUCUGCCAUUAGGCUCACAUUGCUUUUGUAAUUGUCACUUUGUAAUUAUUGCACUUUCCCCACCAUACUAUA